AUGGCAACGGCAAGUAUGACCAUGGCAGAAACUGGAACUCACACCUGGACGCCAAUACUCGAGGAACCUAGAAGAGACAAUGGAUCCUUAGCUGCGGACGCUGUCCAAUCAGUGGGUAUCACCAUCAAUGAGCAUGACCGCGAGAAUGAGUAUCUCGACAGUAUCCCGGCUACCGAAGCCAUCCAGUCCACCAACCCACGUUCUAUCCGGCAAUUUCUCCGCCUCCAUCCCAUUGCCACGGUCGCGGAUGGGUCUGCCUAUGUUCCACAUCAGAGCAGUCGUAGCGAGCUGGUCAACAUCCUCGUUUUGGAACAAGGAGACAUCAUCACCCGGCGACGACUCAGGUCGGUAGAUGCACUACGUCACUAUCUCAGAUAUUCCCGCCCAGCAAGAAGGUUGUACUUGGUCUCAUCUGAGAGCCUGUCUGACACCGUGGUUGGACUUCUGGGCUCAAGCCUAGAUUUGAAUCCUGAUCUCUUUGCACUCUUCCUUUCCCGGCAAGAUCUACCUCUCAGUCUUUCGAUCCCAUCAAGCAUUGCAGCUCGACAAAUUGUGCAGUUCAACUACUACCGCAUAGACAACAAUGGCGCACUUCACAGAGAGCACAUCUCUUUCAGCAUGUCACAGGGAGGAGAAGAAUCGUGGACCGGAUUGCUUUUGCUAAGUGAGUACGAACUCAACCGUCAAACUGCAGCCAUUCUACGCUCAAACCUGCGGGAGACGGUGAGGGACCAAAUUAACACUCUUUUCGACGCAAUCCCUUCUUCGAUGGAGUAUUCCACGUAUAUUCAGCAAGACGCGUCAACAACAUUGGCAGCCGUCAUCUAUUCGGUUUUUCCGCUUAUUGUAUCUGAGUCAGCUGGAUUGCUUUCUGAGUUUGCUUCGUCCGCUCAACUCGCAGAGAGAACGAUUGAAGAACUUUCACUAGGCAACCUGAGCGACGAAACGCGCCUGGGAAAGCUGGAAUGGUUACAAAAUGCACUAGACAAUGGAUACCUUCGCUCGAGCGCCCGUUACGAGCAACUCCAUGAAGUCUUCUGCUCAAUGCAACGUGCGAUGCACGACUGCGACGUCCUUCACUCCAGGCUUCCGGAGCGUGGGAGCGUGGACACUGAACUAAUCAGGGACGAUUUGACGUUUCUAACCGAAGAGGCCCAGCGACUUCAGCGCGAAAAUGACACCCUCCUUUCUAAGCGCGACUCCUUGCUGGGUCUCACUAGCCCCAAUAGCUCAACUCGGAACGACCUAACUGAGAAACAGAGCUAUAGUCCAGGCGCUUCUGGAGGGGCGGGGGGCCCGCCGGAUCCUCCAAAUCCGUACAGCUGGAAUCGACGCUACGGUGAGCAUAUUAUAACAAAAAUUGAUCAGAUUGCGUAUAUGACAAACAUCCUGCUGUCGCUGUCCUUCAUCGCAUCCGUAUACGGAAUGAAUCUCAAUAUCUUUAAUGGCGGGCAGGUUGAACUGUCCCAGUAUCUGGCUACUGCACUACCAUUUUGUCUGUUGGUAUUUAUAGUCACCUUUGUUAUCCCUGGUAUAGUGGCGCGGAUGCUUCCAGGAAAGCAAAAACGGAAAGCAACGGAGAGGGGUUUUAAAGUCGAUUUCGCUUGA